GAGAGACAUCUGCCUCCCUUCUAAUGGCCAUCGCAAAUGUUUCAGUAAUUCCACUCCACCUGAAACUUCCCUCCCCUUCAACACACUCCCAAAUCACAGCACUGCAGCACUGCAGCACUACAGUGCGUGAGUAGAGCGGAGAGGAUCUGAAGGACUCUGCAUCAUGGAGGCAAGCCGGACAUCCAGCAGUCAACAGGUUCUGUGUAACGAUGUCGGGAUGGAAAAAAAGAAGAAAGCCAAAUACCACACUCACCAGCGAGUGGCUCUGGUUCUGGCUGUGGCCUUCCUAGUUUUGGCUCUCUCCGUUUUCAGCCUGAGAUAUCUGUGGAGCUCCAGACCCGCGAAGGUCUACAACCACCAUUACAAAGCCGUGCUGGAUGGAGUGGAGCGGGACAGCGUCGUGGAGAUCGACCCAGGUCGGCGUAUUGAGAUUUUCACAACGGGAAACGGCAGCGAGGAGGUAGUUGAAGUGCACGACUUCAAGAACGGAAUCACAGGGAUCCGGUUUGCCGAACAUCAGAGGUGCUACAUCAGGACCCAAACCCGGCAACUACCCGCAGCCGCAGAGGCGGAGGAUGGGGAGGCUGAGGAGGCAGAGCAACUGGUGGGUGAGACAGAGGCCACGGAUAUGAAGGUGGAAGACUCCCAAGCGUGGGUUCCUGCUGUGGAGGCCAUCGUUAACCCGGCCUUCCUCUUUGACUCCAAGAUCUGGGAGAUUUGCCAGGAGCUGCCCAUCCACUGGAUCCAUCGCUCCCCUCUGAGCGAUGCUGAAGUGGGCAACGUGGACGCGCCCGACGCAGAGGUCACGGGUCAGCGGUUUGCACGUGACGCCCUGGACCACCAGGCUGUGAACGACUAUAGAGAAGUCGGGAUGGAGCUGGAUAACCGCCUGGACGACAACGGAUACUGCUGCCAGCACUGUCGCCGUGGUUACCGCUACUGCCGCCGCUACCACGAGCCCCUGGGUGGCUUCAACCAGUGGCCUUACUACUACCAAGGCGGCCGGGUCAUCUGCCAGAUUGUCAUGCCGUGCAACUGGUGGAUCGCCCGCAUGCUGGGGAGGGUCUGAGGGGGGGAGCGUGGCGUCCUUGUUUUGUUAAAUGGGAUUUUAACUGUUUACGUAACAGGGUGCAAAUUCUGCUUUUAUAUCCCGGACCACGUAAGAGACCAAUUGUACACAAUUGUUAUCCAAUCCGUAGGUUGGCCCGCUAAGUAUUAGUCGCUUUAAACAGUCCAAAUGGUAUUUGAAGCGCUCUUAAAAAGGCAUUGCUCGUUUACAGCUGCCUUAUUUUCUCUGCUUGUCUAAUCAUUUGUUUUCCUUGCUAUUUGAUUGUGUUGAAUGGGUGCAAUUAGAGGAUGUCACCAGAACCUAUGCUGCUCCAAAAGGAGUGAGGGGGGGGGGAUACUUCAGCAGUGUCUGUCUUGACCGUGUCAUGCAUUAGUAUUUUACCUAAAUAUGUGUGUGUGUCUUGCUUACAGUAGCCCAUCACUUGCAAAAAUAAAAAAAUAUUUUUAGUGGUAUGGUUUGUUUUGCUUGAGACGAUAAAAACCCUUCUUCACAUGCAAUAAGAACACUACAUGUAUUUUAUUUGAAGAAAUACCAAAUAGGGGAAAAAAACAACUAAUCAUAUAUAACUAGAUGAAGAUUUUCUUCCUGGCUUUAUGUGUUUUAAGAUCAUGUUGAACUAAAGAGUUACAGUAUAAUUAAAGAUGCAAGGGCCUCGGCUGUCUUUUGUGAUUUAGUUACUGUUGUCUCAUGCUCCAUUGUUUCCCAUCUUGUUGCAAUCCACAAAAUGCUUUAAAUAGUGCUUCUGUUCAAACAGUUUCAUCUUUGCUGAGGCAAUUUUAAUCUGCAACACCACAUCUCAAUCUGUCGAGCUGCAAUAACUCCUCUGCACGUAGCAGAUAAGCAGGCGAGAUAGGCUUUUGCAAUUGAUGUUCCGUCAUCAGAAUAACAAGGUGCAUUAAAGCCCAGGAGUAUUCAAGCAAUGGGAGAUAUUCAAAAGUUCAACAGAGAGAUAAAUAUGGAGCUCUCAUGUUGUCAUGGUUUGCUUUGAAGCCUACUAUAUGUUUAUGUCUCUUGCCAUUUUUUUUUUCCAAUUAAAAUUGCAAUGUAUGAACAAUCUGAGUUGUCCUAUCAUCAAACAAUAUGAUUUAACAAACUGAUGAAGUGUUUGUUUUAUGGACUCAUGCAAUCCAUACGAGGGCAGACCUUCUCCAUUCUCCAUUAGUCCCAUUGCUUGUUUGCAAAAGUAUUUAGCUUCAAUUUGACAGGAAACAAAACGUGUACGCUUUUAUUGUUCCUCUCAUAACCUUAGCCUCUCGUGUGUAUCUGAUGCAUACUAAUGCCUUCUUUACACUAAUAUAAAAGCACCUCGCCUGUUAAAUAAAGCUGGAUGUUGACUCAUGUUUGCUCAGUGAGAUAAUAAUGUCAGUGGCAUUAAUAUUUUUGCAGCGGAAUGGAUUUCGUGAAAAAGAGGGCAAUGCAUUAAAUUACUACAUGUAAAUGUUUUAUGAAUAUGUUCAUAAAUGGAGUUAAGAAUGCAACCGUAUUGUUAUUUCCAAAAUCAAUAAUGUCAAUAGCCCAGGGCCAUGUGUCAAACAAAGCAAUUCUCCCAUGAGUUAACAAAUGUCAUAAUUGCAAGCGUACUUCAAAAAAACAGACAAGUGUACAGCAAAGCCCGCGAGGCAUUUCUGAAAAGUUCAUAUAAUCACUGAUUAUAUUAUUCAUUUAUUACUCAGGCCCAACAAAUAGUCAAGUUAAAACGCAUGCAUACACCAUGCUGGUCGCUGGCUUUCACAACGCUGGUAAAGAGUGUAAAGUGUUAUUUUUUCCUAAGAUGCUGCAUCUCCCGAGGGGUCUGAGGACUUUGAGGACUCUUUUGUAUAGUCAUAAGAGUAAAGUGCCAUGGAAGCCCUGAGAGUCCAUCUGAAAGGGACUGCUCACCCUGACUGGAGAGGAUGAUACAGAUAUUACAGCUGGCUCCCGGAGAGCGGCUCGCGCCCGACGGGACAAAAGCCCAAUAAUAAGCAUGAAAGUCAAACUUCAAAGUACAAACGGCUCACAAUUAAAAAUCAUGGGUUAGACCGAGAAAAGACGCUAGAAUGGUGAUGAUCAUGCAGCUGCACGUAUAUGAGAGCGAAUUUUAGAUCAUGG